UAGCAUCAUUCUCGUCACUGUCUUGGUCUUUGGAUAGACAACAAUGUCAUCUGUGUCGAAAACUAUACCAAUCUCUUCACCUUAUCACACUCAUAAAACCACUUCAAAUUACGCAAAAAAAUCUCAUAACCGCUUCAUCUUCUUCAAACAACCUCGUAGAACAUGUCUUCUACAUUCCACUGUCUGUGUCUCUCCAUCUUUCACCAACACCACUCACAGCGUAACCCAAAACCAAAAUGCAAAAAUUAACAAAUUCUGCGAAAUGGGUGAUCUUAGAAAUGCUAUUGAAUUACUCACAAAGUCAAAAAGCUAUGAACUUGGGUUGAAUAGUUACUGUUCCGUUUUGCAGCUUUGUGCUGAGAAGAAAUCUUUGGAAGAUGGAAAAAGGGUUCAUUCUGUUAUUAUUUCUAAUGGAAUUUCAGUUGACGAGGCUUUAGGAGCUAAACUAGUGUUUAUGUAUGUGAAUUGCGGUGAUUUGGUUCAAGGGAGAAAAAUAUUUGAUAAGAUUAUGAAUGAUAAGGUUUUUCUUUGGAAUCUUUUGAUGUCUGAAUAUGCAAAGAUUGGUAAUUUUAGAGAAAGUGUGAGUCUUUUUAAGAAAAUGCAGAAGUUGGGAGUUGUAGGGAAUUGUUAUACAUUUACCUGUGUGUUGAAGUGUUUUGCUGCAUUGGGAAAAGUAAAGGAGUGUAAAAGGGUUCAUGGGUAUGUUUUGAAAUUAGGAUUUGGGUCUAAUACUGCUGUUGUUAACUCUUUGAUUGCUGCUUAUUUCAAAUUUGGUGGAGUUGAGAGUGCACAUAAUCUGUUUGAUGAAUUGAGUGAACCAGAUGUUGUUUCGUGGAAUUCUAUGAUAAAUGGUUGUGUUGUGAAUGGCUUUUCUGGAAAUGGACUUGAAAUUUUCAUUCAGAUGCUGAUUUUGGGGGUUGAGGUGGAUUUGACCACUUUGGUUAGUGUUCUUGUGGCUUGUGCAAAUAUUGGGAAUCUUUCACUUGGUAGAGCUCUUCAUGGUUUUGGAGUGAAAGCUUGUUUUAGUGAGGAAGUUGUGUUUAGCAAUACUUUACUAGACAUGUAUUCAAAAUGUGGUAAUUUAAAUGGCGCAACUGAAGUUUUUGUGAAGAUGGGUGACACAACUAUUGUUUCUUGGACUUCAAUUAUUGCUGCUUAUGUACGAGAAGGUCUAUACAGUGAUGCUAUUGGAUUAUUCGAUGAAAUGCAAAGCAAGGGUGUUAGGCCAGAUAUUUAUACUGUCACAAGCAUUGUUCAUGCUUGUGCUUGUAGCAGCUCUUUGGAUAAAGGAAGGGAUGUACACAGUUAUGUUAUAAAGAAUGGCAUGGGGUCGAAUUUGCCUGUCACUAACGCUCUCAUCAACAUGUAUGCAAAAUGUGGAAGCGUGGAAGAAGCUCGUUUAGUUUUCUCUAAAAUUCCAGUUAAGGACAUUGUCUCAUGGAAUACAAUGAUCGGAGGUUAUUCACAAAAUUUACUUCCCAAUGAAGCUCUAGAACUUUUUUUGGACAUGCAAAAACAAUUUAAGCCAGAUGACAUUACAAUGGCUUGUGUACUUCCAGCUUGUGCAGGAUUAGCAGCUCUAGACAAAGGCAGAGAGAUACAUGGUCACAUAUUAAGAAGAGGGUACUUUUCAGAUUUGCAUGUAGCAUGUGCACUUGUUGAUAUGUAUGCCAAAUGUGGGCUACUUGUUCUAGCACAACUACUUUUCGAUAUGAUUCCUAAAAAAGAUUUGAUUUCAUGGACUGUUAUGAUAGCUGGAUAUGGCAUGCAUGGAUUUGGAAACGAGGCAAUUUCCACUUUCAACGAGAUGAGGAUUGCAGGUAUCGAGCCCGACGAGUCCUCCUUUUCCGCGAUACUUAAUGCUUGCAGUCAUUCUGGAUUACUUAAUGAGGGUUGGAAAUUCUUUAACUCCAUGAGAAAUGAAUGCGGCGUCGAACCAAAGUUAGAACACUAUGCCUGCGUGGUGGAUCUCCUUGCCCGGAUGGGAAAUCUAUCAAAGGCUUACAAGUUCAUUGAGUCGAUGCCAAUUAAACCAGAUACUACAAUUUGGGGUGUCUUGCUUUCUGGGUGUAGGAUCCAUCAUGACGUGAAGCUAGCAGAAAAAGUGGCAGAACAUAUUUUUGAGCUAGAGCCAGACAACACAAGGUAUUAUGUUGUUCUAGCUAAUGUAUAUGCAGAAGCAGAAAAAUGGGAAGAAGUGAAAAAGUUGCGAAAAAGGAUGCAAAAAAGGGGAUUUAAACAGAAUCCAGGUUGUAGUUGGAUCGAAGUCGGAGGAAAGUUUAAUAUCUUUGUCGCUGGGAACAGUAAGCACCCUCAAGCGAAAAAGAUAGACGUGUUGCUGAGUAAAUUGACAAUGCAAAUGCAGAAUGAAGAUUACUCUAGUAUGUUCAGGUAUGUAUUGAUUAAUGAAGAUGAUAUGGAGAAGGAAAUGAUUCAAUGUGGACACAGUGAAAAGUCAGCAAUGGCGUUCGGUAUAUUAAAUUUACCGCCUGGGAGGACUGUUAGGGUAUCGAAGAAUCGAAGAGUAUGUGGGGACUGUCAUGAGAUGGGGAAGUUCAUGUCCAAGACAACAAAGAUGGAAAUUGUAUUGAGAGAUUCAAACCGGUUUCACCAUUUCAAGGAUGGUUUGUGUUCUUGCAGAGGUUUCUGGUAAAUCAUUAGAAAAAAUCAAUAGUGUGGAAGUCUUCCAUUAUCAAUUUAUUCUCCUAUUCUAGGAUAGUACAUACUUUCCAAUCACAUUUUUCUUACUGGUGUAAGAUGCCUUGUAGAUUAGUAUAUAUAGUAUAGGGUGAGAUGAAAGUAUCUGCAGAAUCAGUGGUUUAGACUUUCGACUAUGCAAAUCGACCAUAUGAUUAUGCAAUUCAAUCUCAAUUCAAUGAUACAGAUGCGUUUAUUGCCGCAAUGGCGGGGUUUGACGAAUCCAGAGAAUCUGCAUCCAGUAUCGGUUGCUUUUUGGAUUCCAAAUUCCAUUUCUGUCAAUGCUUGCCACUCAUAAUGAGAAUGGACUCGUAAAUGCUAUUUAAAAUAUAAAUUGAGGAAUUCAGUGCUGCAUGCAGAAAUUUUUUUAUUUAUGAUUUUGUAACAAUAUCUGAAGAUUCUCUCUCAAAUUAUGAAAUGGGUCGUUGAGAUA